AUGCCAUUACAAAUACGAGAUGAAAGUGUGUUUUGUCUCGACUUUACGCAUCAGGUAAGGGCUACUGUAAUAUUGGUUUUUAAAGUUUUGAAAUUAUGUAAAAUUGGGUAGAAUAAUAGAUUUUUAAGCUAUAUGCGACUAAAAAAAUUAGAACUUUAGCUAAAUAAACAAAAAAUUUGAUGAAAAUGAUAAUUUUUAUGACUUAUGGCAUGAACGUUAAAGCACUUUCCUAUAUAUUUAUACUUUCAAGAGCCUAGGAAGUAAGUUGGCCACGUGCAAAAACAAAGUCUUAUUUACGACAAUAUUUAUAAGAUUUAUUUCAAAAAUCAAUCAAUUUUAAAGUAGACUACAGGUCAUUUUUUUGGCAUUGAUUUGCAAAUAGGUACUAUGUGAUUUGCAUUGAAAUAAAAUUUUUAUUUAUAAAACCUUUCUUAAAGUUUGUAUUAAAAUAAAAAUAUGUAUGGUAUCAAAAAAGUGUUUGAAACACAAUGCCAAAGUUGCCAAAUUGGCAGGGACUCAAAUAUUUCAAUUUUAAAAUGCAAAAUCACGAGGUGAAACUUUUAUGUAUAUUAGUACUAGUACAAAAAAUUCAUAUAAAAAAUUUUAGUUGAUUUUGAGUAAGACAGAUUAGGUACUUUCUUUGUAAGGUUCAAGUUUCCUCUCUUGUCACUUCAGUUUGGAAAGUCGUAUUUUACAAUUUUUGUUAAAAAAUUAUAAAAAAUAUUGAAGUGUGAUGAAUUUGAAUAAAAAUUUGUUUUAUGACAUAAAAAGUUCUAUUCUUUUACAAAAAGUCAUUAUAAUAAGUCUUUUCAGAGACAAAAGAACUUUAGUCCAUUUGAAAUCACUAUUCCUGAAUUGGUCUACAAAAAGGGUACCAACAGUCAAACAGCCUUUAUUUUUGACUCAGAACGGAUGAGUUUCAGCUUUGAAAUGAUCAAAAUGGAGGUAAGUCAAUGGGUUUUUUAUGCUUUACUACAGUGUAACUCUUGUAUAAAUGAACUUUUCUUCAAAGAACUUUCAUAUUUACGAUUGGUUGUAAAGGAGUUCUACUGUAUUAGGUUUACCUUUUCUACUUUUUUUUCUAGCAGGGAUGACCAGACUACGUAUUUUACAUAACUAAUUACAGAUGGAAUACUUGGCUACUGGUUUUGUUGCAACGGGUUUGAAGAACAUGGAUCGUAUUUUAAUUUGUGGUCACAAUCACAGUCAGGUUUUGCUAUCAGCUUUGGCCGCUUCUCGUGCUGGACUAGUGUUUUCUUUGGUUGGAGCCAAUUCUAUUGCUAAACCUGAACAAUUGGAACAUCUACUGAGAACGGUGGGGUUUUACUGUGACUUGCACUAACAAAAGCUUUGUUUUUAGGCCCGGGUAGGACAGGUUUUUUAGGGAAGGGGGGGGAAGGGGCGGGGAAUAAUUUUUUUUUUAAUUUUGGGGGAGGGUAGGGUAAAAACACAAAUUUUGUAAAAUACGUACUUUCGAAAUCGUAUGGUACAUGCUAUAAUAUAUUGUUAUCUUAAUAAUUUUAAAACUUUUUGAAAUAAAAGCCUUCAGGGUGAAUUCCGAGCAGUAAUUCUAUUUUCCUCACCAAAUGGCGGUGGAUCUGAUGCCAUGUACGACCUGGUAGAAAGUCUAUGCCCAGAAAUCAAAAAAUGUGUCAGAAGCAAGCUAAAGUCAGCCAGGUUGCCUAAGCUUACUCAUGUUAUACUGGGUGACGAAGAUCACAAACAUGCGUAAGUUUUAAAAUUAAUAUUUUAUAUAUUUUUAAAAAGAUGUUACAGAUCUUGCCGUUUGUUGCCUUGAAGAUCCAGAUAGUUUGGUUGGGUAGGGUAUUAGAAAGGGACUAUUAAAGAAGUCAAUUUCAGAGGUACGUGGACAUUGUCUGAGAUUUACGGGAAAUGUACGCCGCCGCGGAUGGAAAAGCUUCCAAAUUACUUGCAGUGGAACUCUCAUCGUUUGGCUUGUAUUCAGUUUACUUUGGUAAGUUUUGGAAAAUUUUUUUAAAUUUAAAUUUAAGCCUAUCGAAAUUACUUUUAACUUGCAUUUUAGUAAAGGCUCAAACAUUAAUAUCAAAAAUUUUUUUUUGUUUUAAAAAUUUAAAUUUUAGGGCUCAACCGGACCUCCAAAAGCAGCAGGCUUAUCACAUUAUCAACUGAUUAAUGGCUGUCGAAUCGCUUCAAAUAUUAUUGGAAUUCGAAAAGGAGUAAGUGAAUAAUGAAAAAUUUAUCGUAUUUUACAUUUUAUUAUUUUUUUGAUUGAUAAAGGAACUGCUUUUCGUUCGUUAUAUUAUACAAAAGUUUUACUGUACAUAAACAUAAAUUUAAAAAAUUUAAAAUUUUUGUUGAUUUCAGAGCAUCAUGGCAUGCGCAUUGCCAUUAUACCGCAUACCUGUAUUUGGAUUAGUAGCUUUCACGCCUUUUAUGUUUGAAAGUCGUACUAUCAUUUCUGAGCCUUCACCAGUACCUAGAAUGCUCAUCAGUUCUAUUUUAAUGCAUCGGUAGGGCAUUUUAACUGUAUUUGUACUAUGUUGUAACAGAUGUAGCACAUUAGAACAUAUUUCAGUAAAAUCUAAAGUAUAUACUGUAUUUAACAAAAAAUGGAGCAUUACUGUAAGAUCAAGAGAUACAUUACUUUCGAGCUAACACAAUAUAUUCUUAAUGACAUUUCAGAUGCACUCACCUUGUAUCAAACUCAAUUGCUAUUAGAUUGUUGUUAAAAAUGGCAAUGGCACAAAAAGUUACAGUACCUUCGGUAGAAACAGUAAUAUUGUUGGGUGACCGGGUUGGCCGUGAAUUGUUGGCCAGUUUGGAGAAAAUCAUGAAAAACGCUAAAAGAAUUGCUGUAAGUUUAAUUUACUGUAUGUGUUUGAGUUGAAGACACCUUACCUAAUCUUAUCCUAGUCUGACUCUGCCCUAGCCCUACUUUGGCUCCAGCCCUGUUCUACCUUAACUUAAUCUCGGUCUUACUCUAAUCCUAUCUUAGCAUGUUCAAUUGAUUUUAGAUUUUUUAAAAUUUUUUGAUAUCUUUAAAAUGGCAAUUUAUAAAAAUUCAAUAAUAUGCAUUUUAGGUUGGUAUGUUGUUGACUGAAAUAGGUACAGCUCCGGUAAUCAGUGAUAAUACAACAAAUUUGAUCAAAUCAAUUGGUAAAGCCCUUCAAGGAUAUCAGGUAGGCUAAAACUUUAUAAAAAAUUAUUUGUGGGAUUAAAAUUAAUGUAAAAUACGUAUAACUAUCUUAUGGGUUAAGAUUAAUUUUUCGUUCAAUUAAAAAAGUUUUAUUUUCUAAAAUUUUGUAUUUUAGACGUAUAUCUGUAAUUAGACAUCAUUUUGUUUAUUUUAGGUAGAUAUCAAGCCAAUUCCAAAGCUUCAAAGCUCGAACGGACAUACGAUUGGAGAGUUGAGAGUAAAACCUUUGGAGAAGACAAAGUUCAUGGGUUAUGGACCUGAUUUUAAUGCCAAUUUGGACUGGAUUGAUACUGGGUAAGGGCUUAAAAAUUUUGAUUUGAAAUGCAGUUUUUUCAAAUUUUAAAUUGAAUUUUAAAGCGACUUUUGUCUUUUUUUAUUUUCAUAGUUUUUGUUGGUACUGUACGGUAUUAUACUGUACUAUACUUUGCUGUACUGUACUGUACUGUACGUGUAAUGUAGCAAAGCUUUGAAAGUUUCCUUAUGUUGUACUACAUCAAACCUUACAGUGACAUAGCUUCGAUUACAAAGGAUGGAAACGUCGAGAUCCUGGCCAACAAAUCUGAUUUGAUUUACGAUCGAAUGGAUCAUCUAGUUGAACAUUGGAAAAUGGAAAAGCUCAUGGCGGAAGAAUACGAUGACAUUAAGGGAGUUCAAGUGGUACAAACCUGCUCUGGUGCACCAGUCGUGGCCAUAAUCGUACCAAAAAAGCUGGACGAAAUCCCACAGUUUUUCAUGUCAGAGUUGAUCAGUUUGUGUCGGAAUAAUAAGGUAAAAUACGUCUUGAUCCACAUAAGAUUCAAACUUUUUAAUUUGAAAAAAUUUCAAAAUUAAAAAAAAUUGUUUUAAAAAAUUUUAAAAAAAAAUUUUUUAUUAAAAAAUGAGUAAAAUACGGCCAAGAACACGUAUCAAACAAAAAUACAAAAAGAUGUUCAAAACUUGAUUCAAUUACCCCGAAAAUGUCAUUUUUAAAUCGACCUUUGACCGAAAAAGAUAAGUGUUUUCAUAUGCCAUUUUCAGUUGUAUGCACCGGACAAAUUCGCCAUUGUGGACGAUUUCCCCAGAGUCAAUACGCGUAUUCAGAAGUUCAAGUUGAGGGAAAUGUUGAAAAACAAUUUGUUACGAACAUAUUAA